AUAAAUUUCAUCAAUCCAACCAAAGGAUUCAUCAAACCAAAGUCUUCAAAUUUCAAGUCUUUUUCUCCAAGAAACCACAUUAUUAUGGCCAACUCUUUGAGCUUCCUUCUAGCUCUUUCUCUUCUUGCAUUUUCUCCACUAUGUUUCUGUGACAAAACUCCUGGUGGGUAUCUCUACCCACAGUUUUAUGACCGCUCCUGCCCCAGAGCCAAAGAGAUUGUCAAGUCCGUUGUUGCGAAAGCCGUUGCUAGGGAAGCCCGAAUGGCAGCUUCUUUGCUCAGGCUGCAUUUCCAUGACUGUUUCGUGAAGGGUUGCGAUGCAUCACUUCUGCUGGACAGCAGCCAGAACAUAAUCACCGAAAAGAGGUCUGUCCCGAACCAGAAUUCAGCGCGAGGGUUCGAAGUGAUUGACGAAAUCAAGUCUGCAUUGGAGAAGGAGUGCCCCAGCACGGUGUCUUGUGCUGACAUUUUGGCUCUUGCUGCUAGAGACUCAACCGUCCUGACUGGUGGGCCAAACUGGGAGGUCCCACUGGGAAGAAGGGAUUCAAGAGGAGCAAGUUUGAGUGGCUCCAACAACAACAUUCCUGCCCCAAACAACACAUUCCAAACUAUUCUCACCAAGUUCAAAUUGAAAAAGCUCGACAUUGUUGAUCUUGUUGCACUAUCUGGAAGCCACACCAUUGGAAAUGCCAGGUGCACCUCCUUCAGGCAGAGGCUCUACAACCAGUCGGGCAACGGCCUGGCUGACUUCACCCUCGACCAGUCCUACGCCGCCCAGCUUCGAACCAGGUGCCCGAGAUCCGGCGGGGACCAGAACCUGUUCGUGAUGGACUUUGUGAGCCCUACAAAGUUCGACAACAACUACUUCAAGAACCUGCUGGCCUCCAAGGGGCUUCUGAACUCGGACGAAGUUCUCGUCACGAAAAGUCAGGUGUCGAAGCAGUUGGUGCAGCAGUAUGCAGAGAACAAUGAGCUUUUCUUUAAGCAGUUUGCCAAGUCCAUGGUUAAGAUGGGGAAUAUUUCUCCGAUUACGGGGUCGAGGGGAGAGAUUAGGAAGAGCUGCAGGAAGGUUAACUCUUAAGCUUAUGAGGGUGCUGGAAAUUUCUAUGGAGUUUUUUUUUUGUUUUUUUUUGGUGUGUGUGUGUGUGUGUGUGUGUGUAUUUUGUGCUUUCAAGAAUAAAUUGUGGGCAUCCCAUGAUGUAAUUUAAUGGAAAUUGCCCUAUUUUCCUUCA